AUGCUGAUCGUCACUUGCUCCGUAUCCUGGAUGGAUUUGUGGCAGUAUGACAGUUCCACCCUCAGAGGACUGGCGUGGCGCACCAAGACGUGCACUAGUGGAGUCCCAUGGGGCAUCCAAUGCAGCGGAUUCCUGAGCAAGAGUUCUUUUCAUUGGGUUCACAAAUUUUUGAUUACACUUGAUGCUGUUUACCGCCACAGUGAUCCUUCUCAGAUAGACUUUCUGCUUCCGAGUGUUGAUGAAAACGGGCCACGCGCGCCACUCACGCCAAUGACCUACCCGGAGGCAUUGUACUUUGUUCGACGUUUUAUAGAACUCCCCUGGCGAUCUUCCAAGCUGGUGUUUCCGGAUGUGACGCAUUACACCGUCCACGGCCUAAAGAGCACGCUCAUCAGUUGGGCUUCACAGUUAGGCAUUAGUCCUGAACUCAGACGCCUUCAAGGCAAACAUAAAGAUCCAUUGCAAUCAACACGAUUGUACAGCCGAGAUGACGUGGCAGGAUCCUUGUCACUGCAGUCCGAAAUCCUUCAGCGAGUGCAAGCCGGAUGGCGCCCUCAGACCCCCCUUCAAAGGGGGGGCCAGCUCCCCCUCGUUGAGCCCGGGUUCACAUUAGAGAGCUUCCAUAAAGAGGCACCGUCUCACGCAUGGCAGUUCUUUAAUUUUCAGCCAGAAUUGUGUCCAGUUGCGUUUGAACUGGAAGCAGACAGUGUUGACUUGUCUUCGGAUGACUCGUCGUCGUCAGAGUUUAGUGGAGCCUCUUCCAACUCGGUGGCGAAAGUACCCACCAAAAAACAGAAGUCCCGGCCAUCAAUCACGGCCGAUGAAGCUACGGUAGGCAUAUAUCGAAAUAUGUGGCACAUAGUCGCGCAGCAAUCGUCUUCGACCUCAGACACACAGCCCGAUGCUGCGCCCAUCAUCACGGCUUGUGGUCGCAAGUUCUCUUCAGUGCAAUUCUCUAUUACCGAUUUCCUGGAAUUGAAAUCCGGCCAAUCCGUCUGUAUGCAUCCAGGUUGCCGAAAGGGGUGGAUUGCCAUCGGAGUAUACUGGUCCGGCCAGGCCGCAGCAGAUGCUAUGGCUUCAGGGCAUCGAACGCCAAUUUGCUUGAAAUCGCUUUCGGACAACACAGGCGCCGAAGCCUCGAGUAACAAGCUUUUCAGCAUGAACCGGCCUUUGUGUUACUUCUUGGAACGUCUUUGUCUUUUGAGUGCUCAGACAAACAUGGAAAUCGACGUGGGACACAUCCCUGGACAUGACAAUGUCCUUGCCGAUAACCUGAGUCGCUGGGAUUUCAAUUCCUCGCCCCCGGGUGGCAUGCAGCUCAGCGAUCGAGUUCGCUUGCCACUGAAAGAACUUUGGCGAGAUCACCAGAAACCUGGCGUCUUUCCACCUGGGUGUCAUGUACCUUGGUCUUUGCCGAAGUAG